AUGACCCAAUCCAAGCUUUCAAAGAAUUUGGAUGGCCCUGCCCUUUUUCAGCCAAAGGCUAAAAAAGAUAAAAUGAAAAGACAAGUAAUUCGUUACUCUGGUAAAAAUUACUUGAUGGGUAUUCCAACCCAUGACAAUUUAGUUACAGAAAACAAUGAAGGAUUAACAGCAAUUCUUGAAGAUGCUUUAUCUAAGCAUCAAGAUAUUCCAUUUAUGGCCAUUGAUGUGCAAGAGUCUACUGAAUUCACAAAUGGUCAAGCCUGGUAUGUAUUGCGUCUCUAUGGCCCUUUCAUCAAUGGUCAGAAAGCAGUUGUUUCAAUAACGGGAAUUCAAGUAUUCUUUAAUAUUCUCGUACCAGAUGAGGAAUCUACAGAUACGUUUGAGGCGAAAAUAAGAGGCAUCCUCUCCAAUGCGAUAAAAUCGUUUGAAAUAGAGCAUAUAAAGACAUUUCCAUUUCGUGGUUAUCAUGCAGAAAAAAAGUCAUAUUUGCGCAUUUACGCA